GCGAUUCGCGUUUGGUGGCUCUGCGCAUGCGCGAGUAGCAGUACAGUAGAGUAAAACUGAGCAAAAGACGGACGUAGGCUCUUGCUAUUUUAUUUAUUUAGCUGUCGUGUCUUAGCCAGCUAAUAGAGUACAUUUGCCAUUUCGGUGUUAUAAAAGUACAAAAACCAUGACGGAGUUACAGUCAGCCUUACUACUCAGACGACAGCUAGCAGAGUUGAAUAAAAAUCCAGUGGAAGGCUUCUCUGCAGGAUUAAUAGAUGACAAUGAUCUCUAUCAGUGGGAAGUUCUAAUCAUUGGCCCGCCAGACACACUUUACGAAGGUGGUGUGUUUAAAGCUCAUCUCACAUUUCCAAAAGAUUAUCCACUUCGUCCACCCAAAAUGAAAUUUGUCACUGAUAUUUGGCAUCCUAAUGUGGACAAGAAUGGUGAUGUGUGUAUUUCUAUUUUGCACGAGCCUGGGGAGGACAAGUACGGGUACGAGAAGCCGGAGGAGCGCUGGCUUCCCAUCCACACUGUAGAGACCAUCAUGAUCAGCGUGAUCUCCAUGCUGGCGGAUCCUAACGGUGACUCCCCUGCUAAUGUAGAUGCGGCAAAAGAGUGGAGGGAAGACCGACACGGCGAAUUCAAAAGGAAAGUUGCUCGUUGUGUAAGAAAAAGUCAAGAGACUGCUUUCGACUGACGUUUGUUCAACACCUAGUAGCUUCAGUUUUCAGGGUCUCCGAUUGACAAGCAGGGUGGCACUACCUUGAUGGACUCUCCCCACUUAUUGCCAGACUUGCCCUAGUGAGCUAUGGCUGACCCAGGCUGGAAAAACAGGCUGUGGUAGAACACAUUGCCACAAUGACAUGAACUCUGACUGAAAUGCACAACAAGUGCCAACUUAAAAGCAAGUGGAAAAAAAGGAAGACACAGUUUCUGAAGUCCAGUGAUUUACUUCAAUUUUCAGGAAGAAUGGGAAACACCUGUACAUAGCACUGAUAUAAAAUGUUAUAUACGAACUGUUCAUAUUCACACAGGAACAUCUAGUACCAAAUAAACAGCACUUCUGUAGUCAUCACAUGGACGCCGCACACUUCGGUGGAUUUUGGUGCCCUUUCCCUCACCCUCCAUAAUCCAGUUGCAUCAGUGUGAUUUUUAUGUGUUGUUUUGAACAUAAGCCUUGUAAUAGGAUUAUAACAGAAAAAUUGGUUAUGGCUCUCAUUAGCGACUAAUAAUAUGCCAGACUGAUUGGCUCCAAAAUUAUGAUCUCGGUCAUCCUGAUUUUUGCAUGUGUACCCUUUUCUUAUUAUCAUAAAUGUUGGAAAUGAAAUGAUUGGUAACCCACUUUGAAGCAUUUUUGCGUGUAAUCCUCUGCUGCUGGCUUCCUUAAACCAUAUGAAAAAGAGGGAACGUGAUGAUUCCUUGGCAGUGUUUAGCUGCACCUGAUUGGCUUGGUGGCUUCAACAUGGCAUGUUGUCAGGUCCGGGUGCUUCAGAUGGCCUGCUCAUGUCGUGUUGCAUGCUCCUGUUGUCAUUUCCUUUUCUUUAGAUUUAUUUUUACUAAUGUGCCCUCCCCUCAAAAGUGCCUCUCUUUGCUUGGUAAAUGCAUUGUAAUUAACAUAACUUCAGGGUAAAUAAAUCAACAGUGUCCAUUGCUAGGCACACUGUCCCAUAACUUUUUCUACGAUUUGUGCUCCAAUUAGAAUGAGCUGGUAUAUUUAAAUGGCCAUUUGGUGUAGCAAUAAUACAAACACACACAUAAAUUUCCUAAGCAAAUGGUGCACUUUUCCCCUGUAUCUGUGCCAUAAAACUAGGUUUGGGAUACCUGAUAUACAGUGUUGUUUUCACUGGUGCCCAUUUGGGCUUCAUGAAGCACACGUUUCCUCUUUGAUUUGCUUUCACAUUUCUGGGUUAAGUUACCACAACAAUAUAAGUAUGUGUUGGUGUUUAGAAGUAUUUGCAGUUUUUUUUCCCUUUUGGAUGGACUGCUACAGGUUUCAUGCAUAAUGUGCAAAACAAAAGUGAUGUAUAUUUUUCAUGCUAUGGAAAUUGGCCCCCUCUGUAGUAAGUUCUUCCAAAAUAUAAUUUCUGUAAAUUCAAUCAUUUUUGUUAACUUGUGUCAUCGUCGCAACCAUAAGUAGGAUGGAUGGAUGGGUUUUUAUGAUGCAGCAAAAGCUACUGCUAUGAGAGUGUUAUAAUUUGCCUAUUGGAUGAAAUCCAUUACUAAACUUUGCAUGCCUUUACUGAUCGGACGGAUGAAUUGAUGUUCUGUGACAUGAAUGGAUUCAUUUUUCCCAGCAGUGAAAUGUUUUUGUGGAAUAGGACAUUGUUUACAUAGGAUGUUAGAUAUUCAGUGAAAGAUUGACCAAGAUGCAUUUAAAGGUAAAUUUAUCAUUUCAAGAUUUUUUUUGCCAUUGUGAUGUCUUAAAGGGAUAAUCCACACUUUAUUUGCCAGAUGGGUGUAGGUUCAUAUCUAGCUUUGUUGCAGCGGAAUAUUUGCAUAUGUAUUUAUUCUAGUUUUGGAUGCUGUUACAUAUAAUGUAUUUUUGGUAACAUCUGUAGCAGAGAUUUUAGACCAUUAACCACAACACUGUUUCCAGAACGAUCAGUCAACAUUAUGAAAUACGGACUAUAUAAAUGACAUCAUUAGGUUCUAUUGUCAUGAGGUGCAUAAAAAUAAGUAGCAGUUAAUCACAAGCCAUUUCAUUCUGCUUUUGUUCAGCAGGGGGCAGUGCUGUCCUCCCUUUUCCAGGUAUAACAAAAGCAUGUACAUUUAUUCUCAGAAGACCAGUCCUCUUGGCACAGAACAUCACGGCUGUUGUCUUCUGCUCUUUUGUUAUCCGUAUAGGAAAAUAUUACCAAUGCUCUUAAGUUUGUGAGUCAGCCUGUACAAUAAAGGUGUUCGCCUGUACUUAUCACCCAGCAGCAAAAUGCUGCAUGUGGACUAAAUGAUCUAAAUCAGGGGUGACCAAUCUUAUCCGCAAAGCGCCGGUAUGUAUGCAGGUUUUUGGGAUAACCUGUAGGUCAGCUGUUCAAACCCAGGUGUGAGGACUCUUCAACCAAUCAGUCCUCUGAUUAGUAAUCUAAUUAGGGAGUUGCAGCGAAAACCCGCAUACACAGUGGCCCUUUGUGGAUAAGAUUGGCCACCCCUGAUCCUAAUGUUUAUGGGGUUGCUAUAGAAUAUCAACUACUGUGCUGUGUUUUCCAGCCUUUAAUUAUAAUUUUAUGUGUCUAUGAAAAGGCACUUUAUAAGUUGGUUGAUAACAUGACAUGUUUCUCAGAACAAAAUGUAGAACUGACUAUUAUAAAAUGUGUAUUAUUAAAUGCGUUACAGGUAUGGAUGGAUUUUAGAAUGAAACAAAAACUGAAAUAUGAAAAAAUACUUAGGCUGCAAACAAUGCAAGAAUGGACAAGACCCACAUAAUGUGCACAUUUUUCUGAUAUAAUUAUGAAGACAAACUUAGGUGCAAAUAGGCUUUAAAGAGUGGCAGUAAGUAGGAGCUCAAAUUAAAAAAUGUUAGUACUAUCAGGUGAGUAUUUCAGUGUUUUUUUUAUCAACAGUUGCUUACUUUAAUGGUACUCUGAUAACUUUUCUGAAUUAAGGAACAGUUAUUUGUAACACAGUUGUGCUGGGAAGACAAAAUAAAUGUUACAUUAAUCCAUAUACAUUAUAUUGUCUUUCAAGCGCAAGAGCUUUAGAAAUUGAAAAUGUUAGUUGUAAAUUACAUUUCAGAUAAUUGAAAUGUCUUUGAUAAUUUAUUUUGUAAUAUUUCUCUAUGUUCAGUUUCUUAAAUUGUAGUGGAACUACCAAAAAGAUCUCAAAAAAUUAAUACACAAUGUAUUCAAAUCAGACCGAAAGAUUGUUUUUUUAAUAACGAAUAAAAGAUAUUGAGUUAGA